AUGGUUGACACUUUCGCUGAAGGUUACCAGGGGAGGCAAAGUGGCCAUGUGAGGGGGGUGGUAAAAAUAGCCCUUCUGCUCAUGCUGCAGGGAGGCUCUCUUAUAAGAUAUCAAAACAACUCCACUGAACAGCUGGGAGGCAGAAAGUAGGCACGAGACCAUAACAUAAAGGGAGAGGGAAGCAGAAAGAGUGGUGACAGAGAGAGACAAACACCAAAACGAGACAGUCUACCAGACCUGAGAAACGACCCUUACUCAGUUUCCUACACACCACAGUCCUAUCCUGAGCGAGAAGCAAGCCAGUCAUUCAUUCAUUCAACAUGUCGGGAGGAGGCAGUUUCAUCUUCACCCCCACGGCCUUGCGUUCCCUCCAGUUGGAUGAGGACAUGCUGGAGUGACACAAGUACAAGAAGCAGCUGGCCAGCCACCAACUCAACUGUUACAUGCUGAAAAAAAGAGGCCAGGGACAGGGUAGGUCCUGCACCUACGUUAGACCCCCAGCUGAAUGCUCUCUACUCUGGGGAUGGGGACGCUGUGCAACACUUCUUCCUCAGGGACGUCACGUUAAAUCUGAUCAUCGAGCCCCAUGGAGGGGACAUGCACGGGCUGGCCAGGGGAGAAGGUAAGCAACAUGGUCUUAUUCAAAUAUGGCAAAAAUAUUUACAUUGAACCUUAUCGUUAACGCACCGAAGCUAAUAUAAGUUAUGUCACAUACAGUGACAUGUUACUUAUAUGUCAUUAUAAUGACGAAUGUCUGAGGUAAUUGCAGAGAUUGACAUCUGUAAUCAGCAGUAAUGGAACUGGCAUCAUGAUAAUUGGUCUCCAUGCUCUAGACUUGAGACAGUGAUUGUUGAGGGGUUUUCUUUGUCUCUAUCACAAUGAAUACAAAACCCUUUUGUGUGUGAAUUAAUUACUAAUUUUACAAUGGAGUGCAUUUGUUCAAUAAGUUUUAGGUAAUUACAUUGUAGUCUGAACAUUGCACCAAUACCAAAAGCCCAUAAGCCAUGGAUGUAGCCCUUGGCCUUCUUGUAUUGAUUAUAAGCCCAUGAUCAAAUGCAACUAACCAUGGCAGUAUCAAAUUACAAUUUAUAGGCAUUAUUUAUAUACUGAACAAAAAUAUAAACGCAACAUGUAAAGUGUUUAAAUAAAAGAUAUGCACAAAAAGCUUAUUUCUCUCAGAUUUGGUGCACACAUUUGUUUACAUCUCUGUUAGUGAGCAAAUGGGUGCUGAGGAGUAUUUGUCUGUAAUAAAGCCCUUUUGUGAGGAAAAACUCAUUCUGAUUGGCUGGUCCUGGCUCCCGAGUGGCACAGUGGUCUAAGGCACUGCAUCGCAGUGCUAGCUGUGCCACUAGAGAUCCUGGUUCGAAUCCAGGCUCUGUCGUAGCCGGCCGCGACUGGGAGACCCAUGGGGCGGCGCACAAUUGGCCCAGCGUCGUCCAGGGUAGGGGAGGGAAUGGCCGGCAGGGAUGUAGCUCAGUUGGUAGAGCAUGGCGUUUGCAACGCCAGGGUUGUGGGUUCGAUUCCCACGGGGGGUAUGAAAAAAAAAUAAUAAUGUAUGCACUCACUAAAACUGUAAGUCGCUCUGGAUAAGAGCGUCUGCUAAAUGACUAAAAUGUAAAUGUAAAAUGUAGGCCUAUGCCUUCCCAGGCCCACCCAUGGCUGUGCCCCUGCUCAGUCAUGUGAAAUCCAUAGAUUAGGGCCUAAGGAAUGUAUUUCUAUUGACUGAUUUCCUUACAUGAACUGUAACUCAGUAAAAUCUUUCAAAUUAUUACAUUUAUAUUUUUGUUCAGUGUAGAUGCAGUCCACCACUUGGUUCAGAAACGUUCCAGCAGGAAGCCAACUUAUUAGUUGUGUUAGGUUUUCCAUUCAAACACCUGUCUAAUGUUAUUCUCUUAUGGCUAGGUUGUCAUUCAAAAACGUGUUCUUGUCUGUAAGCAGUCCAAUUGUCCAGUCCAGGGGGUUUGGUAACAUAAAAGUGAGUGAGCGUGUUUACAUGUGACCAGUGGCGAUUUUAGCAUGUCAAUCUUGGUGGGGCAAACUCCCAAAAAAUUUUUUAGAUGCAUGCCAGCAAAGCCACAACAUAACACUAAACAAUACAUUAAUUGCACUAUAACGGUGACAAACGGUGCCCACAAACUGUUAGGGCUUACAUAAAGCUGACCCAACAGCAGAGCUUUCUUUUCAGUGAAUCCUUACCACUGCUUCACCUGGCUAUCAGCAGAGCCUUGUCUGGCAGCGAAACAGUUCAUUCAGUCUCAUGUACUGCCUUUUAAAAAAAACAUAGCUGAUAUGGCUGACUUGCUUAAACAAAUGUGGUUUCUACUGUCAAUUGAAAUGUACAAACUAUGGCAUAAGGGGAAGACGAGCGGGUAAGAGGCAAUCUGUAAUUUCGAUUUAAGACAUGAAUGAGUGCGCUAGGACGGACGUAGUCAAUAGAACUAUUUGUUCAGCACUUUUGAAAUGUAUAGCGACAGAAUUCAGAACAUGGGCCGUUCUUAGUGUUGUCCCUGUACACCAAGUCAGAACCGUAGGAUAAAUAAAGGGCACAUAAGCAGACAAUGAAAGCUCUUACAAUAUUCGAUGAUGACAUUUCUCUAAAACAGGCUAUAGGCUACAUGUGCACCACCAACCGCUAACAGCUUACUACACAACAUACACUUAGUAUUACUUUCUUGGCUACAGUAUAAAUCUCCCUGGCAUAUUAUAUAAUUUAUGCAGCAGCAUACAGUACGUUUGGACUCACGUUGUGCUGUGCUCACUUGAACAGGAAGGUGGGGCGGCGGUUCUUCAUGGGCAAAUUUUGUCAUCAAACUUUCAUCAAAGUCUGGAUUUAUGAUGCUUUCAAGACAACUGGGAACUCUGGAAAAAAACAAUUCGAAUCAUGAUACGUCAGUGAUCUUCAGGUCGGAGCUCUAGAAAGAGGCCAGAGUUCCCAACUUGCAAUUCAGAGUUGGAUGACUGUUCAAAACGUAUUUUCCCAGUCUGAGCUUAUUUCUUUCCGAGUUUCCAGUUGUCUUGAACUCACUGAAGUCUGAGAUUUCCGAGUUUCCAGUUGUUUUGAGCGAGGCAGAAGUCAUGCUGGAUUGACAGCAUGGCCAAUGUUGAAUGUUUAUCCUUUUAAGCUUGGAAAAGAGACCUUUAAACCCAGACUUAGGACCACACACCCACUCCACUGAAUAGCAGGCUAGUGAUUUGCUUUGCAAUGCUUGCAGUUAGCCUCUGAUUUCUUCCAAACCACUCAUUGUUGAAUUUGCGAUUUCCAACUUGUUGUGUAUUGUUUAUGUCCAAUGGCCAAUGAGCACCGACACGUUUUAUCUAUAAUUUCUCUUCAUUAUUUCUCUUCAUAUGACAAGGAUUGAAAAGGAUUUGCCAGUAUAUUGAUGACUUGAUUCAUGAUGACUGCUAGCUUGCUAGUUAAUAUUUUGAAAGUAUGAUGUUGACAUGAUCAGUCCAAUCAAAGCUACUGUAGAUAUGUGAUUUGAUGUCAUUUUAUCUGUGGCCAAUGACCUUGAGCCUUCUUGGAUGGGCACUUCUAAUGUAACUCUAUGGCAGCACCCAAGGGGCUUGAAUUUUCGAGCUCUACCCUUACAUUUUGCAGUGAUGUAGUGUCCCCAUGAGUGACAGGACACUGAGCCAAUCACGGCGCAACUAGAGAACAUUACCAACCCCUACGCUCCUUAUUUUCUGCUGGCUGCCCCACCACCACAGAAAGCACUGAGCUAGGCUAAAACACAACACAACACCUACAUUUUGGAUCUGCCUUACUCAAGAAAGCAAAAAAGAAACCACGUUUGUAUGCGGCAUUAUUAACUCAAUGAUUUAUUUAUUUUUUUACAUUGUUUGAAAACUGAAAUGUGCCAAAAUAACAUGCAAAACCGGUGGGGCUCAAAACCAGUGCGGCAGAGCCUGAAUGACGGGUCGCCACUGCAUGUGACACAGAAGUAAUUUUGCUGCUGCGCCAGGCUUUUCUGGGCCAUACAAAAUAUGACAUAACGUUACCGUUGUGCCUCCCUGAAAUAGCAUCCUGUGGACAAACAGGCUUCAGAACAGCACAGCAUUUACCUCAGGAGAAAGAAACCGCCAUUACUCGAACAUGGAAACAACAAACAAAACCCAAAACUAACAAGUCGGUUGUUACUCUUCUUACAACUUGAGAGACUGCAACGAUGUGAUCGCCACAGCCCAGGCUACAGGUUAUCCAGUUAAAUCUAAUCCAAAAUGUAAUCUACGUAAUCCCCAAAAGUAAUUAUUUAUCACGAGAGGGCCAUAAACAAUAACUAGUAAUGCUACAUACUCAAAGGUUGAAAUCUCUCCUUUCUGGUAACAUUUUUUAUAAAUUGCUGAGGUGUAGUUACUUUUGAGGACACAAGCUCAAGUGCACAGUACAUGAUAAAAUAUUUCAUAUUUUUAUUAUAUUUGUAUUUCUUAUUCAACAAAACUGUAUGAAUAAGGCUUGAAAUGACUUGUGCUUUCUAAAUAUAGCAUAAUGAAAUUAUAAAAUGACAAACUAUACGAUUUCACUUUCCUUAUAACUGUGAAAUACAUAUUUGCAUGUUUAGUGUUAGAACGUUUGCAUAUUUUCUAAAGGUGUCUCUUGAUCAAAACGUUUGACUCCAUGGCUGUGAAUGUCUCACAGAGCUCUAGUUUGCCUUCCUGAACUCGUUAGGAACUCUCCUUCCAUCUCAUAUUAAUAUUGUCCGUCUAUGACAAAGAAGUGUUUAUUGUUUAACAUCUAUGAAUUAUUUUAGAUGAAUGGCUAUAAAUCGAUCUCUGAAUGUGCUACCUUAAUCAAACCACUCUCCUGCUGCGCUACUAUGUAACGAUUGCAGGCGUGAGCUUUGUCCACGGCUGUGAUGUAGAGUUAAGUCAAGAGUUGGACAGUCGGAAGAGCGAAUGAAAUGGUAGGAGGGACAUCCCCGCUUCAAAUCGUUUCAGAUUUAACAUCCAAAGGCUUAAAAAAAAACAAUACUACUGUGUCAGUGGCAACCAGGGCUAUCGCUCAAUGCAAGCCAUUUCGAUCUAAGGUAUCCACGGGUCGAUUUAUAAGCGAAAAUGUCGGUCGGAACCGAUAUCUGAGGUUAUGUUCUGUAACUGUCUGCUUGUGGGGGUAGCGGAUUAAACUCAACUCCACGAUUUACGAUGGAGUUGUGUGGGCGGACUGGCGCUCCGACGUUACAUUUAAAUUACGUUUUUAUAAAAAACUACUGACAUUGUUCUGUGUAAUUGCGGGCUAUACUUUGGAGUUUAGUACGAUACUUGUGGGAAAUGACCUGACCCUUAUUAGCAUCAUAGACGAGCCAGAGUGUGUACUAAACCAGGAACAUCCAGGAGUGGAAUAACUUCAGGCACCAUUAUAGAACCCUGAGUAGGUUGAUGCCUUUGUUUGAAAUGACCUGUUCACAGGGGUCAUGUUCAUUUAGUCACCAAAAGGAACAAAACAGACAAACAGAAAGGGUCUCCCUGGACUUUUCCAAUAAACGUUUGUUUUCCUUUUCCAUUACAAUACGUUUUUAAAACAUUUUCAGUUGCAUGCCCUAAUAGACACGACCCUGUUGCUUCCCUGCCGGACUGUGGUCUCUGACCUAUGAGCAGCAGCUGACCACCCUGCUCCACAUAACAGCAGGCCGAUCUUCGUUGACUGCCUGAGGAACCUGCUUCAGCAUGGGGCCAACGUAGACCUGGCUCCCGGGGUCACCACUGCCCUCCACAAGGCCUGCCAGAACUGCCAGACCCAGUGUGUAAAGCUGCUGCUGUCGUCCCAUGGCGCCAACUCAAACACUGUCAGUGAAGACUGGCCCGUGCCCCUGCACGUGUGCACCAGUCCUGAGCCCCUAGAGUGAGUACAGUACCAACCAAUAUUAUUGCUCUGAGACUUGGCAGUAGACUCCACCAUAGGAAGGUUAGGGUUGAACCGUGAUGUGGAGAUGAAGUUAGGGUUGUGGUUGUGAUUGAGGCUAGGGUUAGGGAUGAACUGGGAUGUGGACACGAAGCGAGGGUUAGGAAACCAGAAUUGCAGGACAUUCUAUUUCCCUUUGGCCCCCCUCUAAUUGGAUCAACAGGUGUGCCAAACACUUGCUCCAGUUUGGCGCUGCGAUCAACGGGCAGAGCCUCGAUGAGGACGACACACCAUUACACACGGCGGCAAGGAACGGGCUCCUGGGUCACAUAGAGCUGUACCUGCGCUACAGCGCCGCUGUGGAGAUGCAAAAUGAAGAUUGUCUCAUGCCGCUCAACGCCGCCUGCUCACAACCACAGGAGAAGGACGAUCUGGAACACUACACCAAGGUGUGUGUGAUCUACUUCAUUCAUUAUUGUGUUUGUUUAUCAUUUGGAGUUAAUAACCCUCAGUAUAACUUGGUUUGGCUCUGCUUGGUUCGGCUUAUUAGUGUGAAAAGUCCCUUGUGUUUCCUGUCCUCCAGGUGUGUGAGCUGCUGCUGGGGGCGGGCGCCGACGCCACAACAGGGGACUAG